AAAAUAUACCCAGAAGUUAAAGGUGGUUGUAGCCAUUAAUUUACAAAAAUCAGUGUAGUUAGCAGAAAUAUUCAAAAUGUUCCGAGCGUGGGCUUUAUUAGCAUUUAUUUUUCCGGUUGCAAUUUUUUCUAAUGAAAUCGCUUUUGAUAGUCAAAACGUUUCUACCGAAACAAAAAACAUAGUUUUACCGAACACGAUUAAUUCAAAAUUGGACGACAGUAAUGCCACGGGACUCGAGCCGGUUUAUCCUGAGAGCUGGUUAGCCAAUCUCUUCUAUCAAUCGUUAGUGGGGUUCUCAGUCACUGAUGUUGGAAAUUCGGCUUGUCGACUACAGUCAGAGUUGUACUUGAGCCAUUUAAAAAACAAUUCCUACUGGGCAGUAAAAAUGUCAGAUUCAUGGCCUAGAUACUUAAACGGACUAUUAAUAGGCAAUACACAUCACAUGGGCGUUUAUGACGAGUGCAUUAGUGUGCACCAGCCUAUUCAAGGAAAAUAUUGUAUGUCAACCAUCAAACUUCAAACUUCAACAAACGAAAACUUCACCCAGUACAGUAAAGAUGAAUACACUGAUGAUAAUGCUUGGCAAGAAAUACUCGGGUUUAUCGAUUAUGGUGAUCGGUAUAAAAGAAAUGUUAUCAAACUCGGCGUCUGUAUACCAGAGGCGUGUACAUCCGAAGAUCUUGAAGUUUCAUUACAAAGAGAACUGGAUCGUAUAUUCCAAGCACAUCAACUAACAACCCAAGUCAAAGUUAAACCAGAAUUUUGUAGCACCAACAUAAGUUUUUUCCCGUACGAUACAGGAUAUUAUGUAACUUGCAUUUUUAUUGGCUUGCUGAUUUUGGUCGUUUCUUUUUCUACGGUUUACCAUUUAGUUGCUCUACGCAACGGACGAGAAAACAAAACGUCGCAAUUUUCGGAAAUUACAAAUAUAUUUUCCAUAAUAACAAGUGGAAAAGAGCUCCUUAAGUUCGAAAAGAAUAAUGAGCUCAAUGUUUUUAACGGAUUGUCAUCAACUUUAAUGAUGGUGGUGAUAAUAUCACAUGGGUGGAUGAGUACUGUCACUGGUCCACAUUUGUACCCAAGACAAAUAGAAGAGUUUUAUCAAGAUGCCCACUAUAAUAUAUUUUUGAGUAUAAAUAAUGGAGUUGACCAUUUCCUGUUUGUUUCUGGUUACCUCUUAUACGCGAUUAUGAUUACUAAAUUCAGAAAACCCGGAUUUAAUUGGUUUGAAAUCCCAAAGAUAAUUAUCUACAAGUAUCUAAAAUCUCUUCCGGUUCACAUCAUAAUGAUACUUCUUACGAUAUUUAUUAUCCCUCAUUUGGGAAAUGGACCUUUGUGGGCAAACCAAAUGGGUUUGGAAGCAAACAAAUGCAAACAAUAUUGGUGGACUAACCUAUUGGUUAUUAAUAAUUUCAAUGAAGGAGGAAAUCAAUGUCUCUUCGCUGGUUAUUACAUUUCGUUACUACUACAGUUGAUGGUUAUUGGAAUGAUCGUCGUUUACAUUUAUGGAAAAAACCGUAAAAUCGGUACCGUUGUAUUAGCCUUGCUGAUUUCCGCGUCGUUAAUAAUUCCAUUUGCUUUAACUUACUAUUCAAAAUUAGAUGGACUUUCCAAAUUAAAUAUAUCAGCUUUGUUAAACUUAAGUGAAUCAACUAGUUCAAACUCAUAUGAUUUCACGCAUCUAUACAGCAAGCCUUAUGUACGGGGCUUACCAUUUUAUAUUGGACUGUUAGCGGGUGUCAUUGUCGAAGUUUUAAAAAAAAAGGAUAUCAAAAUGUCUAAGAUAACUUCUCUUAUAACUAUUCUGAUAGCCUGGGGUCUUUGCUUGUAUAUCCAAUUUUACAGCAAUGUAUUCUAUCAUAGGCACAGGGAUUACAAUGUGAUCGAGUCAUCUACUUAUGCAGCCAUUUGCCAUUUAAACAUGCCCUUAUUCGUCCUGUGGUAUGCUAUCUGUUACACGACUACUAGUGAUGGUUUUCCCGAAAAGUACCUGAACAGUCGAUUCCAUAAUUUACUACACAAACUCUCUUAUUCAGUAAGCCAAGUCAAUUUUCCCAUAAUAAUAAUGAUAGUAUUCUCAGCACGGACAUCCGAAGUACUGACAUCCGGAAUGAUCAUUAUGAAAUUUAUUUAUAUAAUAUUAACGUCAUAUUUAGCGGCUCUAAUAAUGCAUUUGUUUGUUGACGCGCCGUUUGGUUUAUUGAUAAACAGAGUUCUUUUGGGAAGAAGACCUAGCACAAAAGAAAAAAAAAAUUGACACGGAACGAAUUCAAAAUGUGAAACAGUACUGCAUAACACGACAAACUUAUUCGUAAACACUAAGUACUACUAUAAGUACAACUUAUCUCUAAUUGUAAGGUCAAUUCUAUAAAAGAUGUGUUUUUUAGUUAUUUAUUUAUUUUUAUAAAAUUGUUUACGCCCACAGGGGCAAGAGUACAGGAAUAAUAACUAAAAACUAAUACAAAGAAUGAAUAAAUAGCACAAAUGACUUGAUGCAAAUUGACUAGUUAUAUAGCCCUUCUUUUAUCUCUUAUACUACUUGUAUUAUAAAAAUAUGCAUUUUCGCACUUUCCAAUGUAGGGUUAUUAUUUUAGCGUCCUACACUAGUUUACUGA